GCCUUUAUAAGGUCCCUUUCAGAGAGAUCGACACUGAGACGCUCUGGAGGCGACCACAGAAGCUGCUGGUUGUCACGCUGAGGAUUGUGGGUACUGUGGUUCAGAUCGCCCCCUGCACGAUGCUCAUCUCUCUUAUCCUGUGCUGCUGGGCGUUUGGUGUUGUCCACAUCUCUACGGCUUUGGUUCAUGGGAAUGUCCAGCUGGACGAAGGCCCGCCCAACCCCCGCCAGCCCGAACCCGACUUCCUAUCAGAAAUCGAGAGAAGUCACGCCCACAGCUUAGACCCCGCCCUCCUACCUGCUGUCUCCGUAGAGGACCACUUCCUGAUGGAUGCAGGGUCGUAUGAUGAGGAGUCUGCUGUGGCCUUACAGCUGCAGGAUCGGGCCAUGCGCUUGCCGCGCCGCUGCAUCCCUCACCAGCAGUCGUGCCUUGGCUACCCGUUGCCCUGCUGUGACCCCUGUGACACCUGCUACUGCCGCUUCUUUAAUGCCAUAUGUUACUGCCGGCGUGUCGGUCACACAUGCACGUCCAGACGUACCUGAAGCAGCUCAUCCUGCUUUUCUUUAUGUUGACGUUUUUAACUGUUCUGUUUGUAUAAUAAAUGAUGGAUGAUUAAAAUG